CAUUUUCGGACAAGGUCCUCCAUUAUUGCAAAUUCUCAAUAACCCAGGGUCCUUCAAUCAUUACUCUCUCCACUUCGUUUUCCUUCCCCCUGCAUUCUUUCUACUCUCGAUUGUUACUCUUCCUCACUCCCACAAUGCUUUCCAUUCCACCGAUAGCGACGGUCAGCGAUCGUUCCAAACUGGCGGAGGUAGCUGUCUUCGAUAUUGUCAUGAAAUCGGACUACAGCAACCAGAAAAAUGCAGCAAUUAAUGCGUGGAAGGAGCAUGGUGCACGCGUUUGUCGUUCAACUGUCACUGUCACUGAGUCCUCGUCCUCACCGCAGCGCCUCAAAGUCAAUUCCACCAAGUUCCAAUUAGGGUUACCACUGAAUCGUUACUUGAGGAACAAAUUCUCACAAGUUAUUACUCCCGUAAUACAGUUGCUCGACGCUCCAAUUAUAUUCAGUUAUUACCUUGCUUUCCCCGUGGAAAGUCCUGGACAUCUGGCACAACAAUGUCGAACGGAGUCUCGAUUGGGUACCUUCCGUCAUAUCACCUCCAGAGUCUCCAACAAGCACAAAUGUCAAUCCGAGGAGCCCCAGGGCACCUAAUUAUGUUUGGGAGUAUCGGAAAGGAGUUGCUCCAAGUGAUUGAGGCUUAGUAAUUAUCCCGGGUGCUGGAGCGUAAGCGUGAGUAAUCCAUGCCAAUGCGAAGAAGCUCGGUGUGCAAUCGGGGCUACGUCGGAUGAAGAGUCCGAAGUCGUGUAAUAUUGAGUGGCUGCAACUAUGGUUCGGUAU